GUUUCUCAAUGGGGAGUUUCUCAGCUGGUGUUGAUGUUGAUAACAUGAUGUUAACAGAAUUAUAUAAGACAACCACUUCGGUGGCUUACUACCAUCGUAGUUUGAACAGACGACACAAACGACCUGUUAUCGAAGCUUGAAUAUUGUACUCAUAUCAUUACCCCUUUAGGAUAAUAAAGAUGGCGAAAGGAGCUUCUCCUCAUGUCUUGAUCGUGGGCGCUGGCCUAGGUGGUUUAUUGCUCGGUCAGAAUCUGCGCAAGAACAACAUCUCAUUCGAGAUCUUCGAACGAGACCCAAGCGAUAAUGUUCGAAUUCAAGGAUGGGCAAUCGGUCUUCACACGAUUCUCGACGAACUCGACGCCUCAGUUCCAGAUGACCUAGGCUCGCGCGAUUUCAUAAACCACUUGCUCCCCCUGAAGCACAACUAUGAGUUUGCCUGGUACAGACAUGACCGUACCACGAAACUCGGCGUGCGCGAUGACGGAAGCGGAAAGUUCAUCCGCGCGAACCGAGCCCGUCUACGGAACUGGCUGGCGACGAAUAUGCCGAUCCAAUACGGCAAGCGAGCUCUCCGCAUCGAAGAAAGCAAUGAUACCGUGACGGUUCACUUCGAAGACGGGACUUCGGCUACCGGUGAUAUCCUCGUUGGUGCAGAGGGGCCUUACAGCCCAACCCGAAAAUACCUCCUAGGAGGCAAAGACGUCAUCCGGAAGCCGCGCCAAGGAACAAUCAGCGGCGAAGCCAUCCUCAGCGGGCGCGAGAUGAAAGAGCAACUAGCAUUAGGCCACUCCUGCUACCUCGUCGACAUAAGCCCGGACGACGAAAACCCCUCGUUCCUCUUCUGCGGGCUGAGCGAGGCCUUCGAAGACGGGAAGUCCGGGCGGUACUACUACAACAUGUUCUGGCGCGACGAGGGAGCCACGGACAAGAACUUCUGGCCGUACUCCGCUAGCAAGGAGAAGCUGUACGAGACGGCGUUGGAGAAGACGGCGCACUUGCCGGAUAAACUGAGGUCCAUCGUAGUGCGGACUGGACCGGAAGGGAUGAAGCAGCCGCCUAUCCACUUCUGGACUCUGACUAUGACCCCUGACCAGCUGCCCCACGGGAGGGUUACGUUGAUGGGUGACUCCGCACACGCUAUGCCUUCAUUCCGAGGCGAAGGAGGUUUCCACGCCCUCCUCGACGCGCUGAACCUCGGAAAGGCCCUCGCGAAGAUAAAGACGAACGACACGGCCGUGAUCAAGAAAGUGCUCGGCGAAUACCAAGACGAGAUGAUCGAGCGAGGAUCAAAGGCCUCGGCGUGGUCGAGCAUCGCUUUUGACCAGGCAUGGAGCAGCGAGAAUGCCCAGCCCAAGAUCGUCUGGGGUCUUCCUGUGGUGCCUCUCCCCGAAGAGAAGAUCGAUGAAUAAUUGCGUAGAUACCUAUAUUUCUGGGUUGGAUGGGAUUGUGUAUGAUAAAUAUUACUAGUGUAGUGGGACAUAGGACAACCUUUGCUUAUAUAUGAAAUACCCAUUGGAGAAAUCCAGCGCAGCGCCGAGCUCAACCUCGGGAGUUUUUAUCGGGAUGGACUUGGGGGAGUUACGUAUUA